ACUGGGGGGAACUGACUUGGUGUCACUGACAUCCCCAGUGACACCAAUACAGUGGUCCGUGCUAAAAAACAGCACUGGCACUGUACUAAUGGCACUGGGUAGGAAGGGGUUAACAUGAGGGGCGAUCAAAGGGUUAACUACGUUCUGGAAUGUGCUUCACAAUAAGCACACUGCGUUGGAUGGCUGUGCUGUGCACAGGCAUCCAAAGCACUGUACCCGAGCUGACAGGGAGGAGAACUGUUAGUAAACAGUUCUCCGCCCCGUCGAAGAGCGUCGGAAAU